AUGAGUACCGAAAGCUCGAACACAAAACUCGUACUUAAUGCAAAUACAGGCAAUAGUACAUCAACUACUCCAACAUCAUCAUCACCAGUUACAGUUAAUGGUAAUGAUCAUCAUCAUCAUCAACAACAACAACAACAAUUAAAUACCAAUGGAAAUGGAAUUAUUAAUGAUGGAAAAUUAACAUCAAAUAAUUAUCAAAACGGUGUACUUCCUGAUCUUCAGGCUACAUUCCAAGGUUCAUCAUGGAGUAAUAUUAUUGAUCCACUGAGUGGUGCCUCCGGUGAUCAUACAUUCGAUGUACACAAUGGAGGUCGUAUGUUUUCACCACAAACAACUACAACACCACCACCACCACUUAUGGCCAUGCAGCAACAACAACAACAACAACAACAGCAGCAGCAGCAGCAGCAACAACAACAAUUAUCUUAUCAACAAGCAAUACAAAGGAGACCAAUAACAGCAUCACAUAAUUUUUCUACACAAGCAAUUCGUAAUGGUAUAUCAGCUCCUCCAACUCAACCAGCACCACCAUUAAAUGGACGAACGGCAAUUCCAUCACCAUUAUGGAACAGUCAAUUUCAACAAACAAAUCUUUCGAUGCCAUCAUCACAUAUACAACAACAACAACAACAACAACCACCAUCACCAUCAUGGAAUAAUACAUCUAUUCCACAUGGAUUUCCUGCGACAUCAUCUCGUCGUCCUGUACCAUCAUUAACAAAUCCAAUAGGUAAUGGUAAUACAACAAAUAAUAAUUUAAAUCAAACAUUAAUGCUUGGAAAUGGAAAUCUUCCAAUGUCUCAAACAAAGAAAACAUCAUCAUUAACAACACAAAAUAAUUUCUUUCCAUUUCUUCCAACAACAUCAAUAACAAAUCAAAAUAAAUAUAAUAAUAUUCAAUCAUUAUCAAAUCAACUUCAACGUACACCUAUCAUGACAAAUUUUAUUCAAACACAAAAUGGACAAUCACCUCCUCCACCACCUCCACAUAUUAUGAAUGGAAAUGAUAUUGAACAAAAUUUUCAAUCGAAUGAUGCAUAUGAUAUGAAUUCAUUUCAACAGAUAAUGGAUAUGAUGAGAAAUGUUUCAUCAGAUGGUGUUAAACGUGUUUAUAGUGAUGAUAGUGGAAUGGGAAGUAUACUUGAUACAGAAAGUUUAAUAUCAGUUGGUGGCGGUGGUGGUGGACCGUCAUCAUCAUCAGGUUUAUUUGGUUCACCACGUGCAAUGCAAAUGGAUAUGAAUAAAGAAGAACGUUUUUCACGUAAAGUUUUUGUUGGUGGUUUACCACCUGAUAUUGAUGAAGAGGAAAUUAUUGCACAUUUUCAACGAUUUGGUCCAUUAAUUGUUGAUUGGCCACAUAAACAAGAAAGCAAAUCUUAUUUUCCUCCAAAAGGUUAUGCUUUUUUAAUAUUUACAUAUGAACGUUCUGUACAAGAAUUAAUUGAUGAAUGUGUUAUUGAUGAUUCCAAACUUUAUAUGUGUGUAUCAAGUCCAAGUAUGAAAGAUAAAGCUGUACAAAUACGCCCAUGGCUUUUAGCUGAUUCGGAUUUUGUUAUGGAUGGUUCUCAACCACUUGAUCCAAGAAAAACAAUAUUUGUCGGUGGUGUACCACGUCCAUUACGUGCAGUUGAAUUAGCAAUGAUUAUGGAUCGAUUAUAUGGUGGUGUUUGUUAUGCUGGUAUUGAUACUGAUCCCGAAUUAAAAUAUCCUAAAGGUGCUGGUCGUGUAGCUUUUUCCAAUCAACAAAGUUAUAUUGCUGCAAUAUCAGCUCGUUUUGUACAAUUACAACAUGGUGAUAUUGAUAAACGAGUGGAAGUUAAACCAUAUGUUCUUGAUGAUCAAUUAUGCGAUGAAUGUGCUGGUGCACGUUGUGGUGGAAAAUUUGCUCCAUUUUUUUGUGCUAAUGUAACAUGCUUACAAUAUUAUUGUGAAACAUGUUGGGCAUCCAUUCAUGCACGUGCUGGUCGAGAAUAUCAUAAACCAUUGGUAAAAGAAGGCGCUGAUCGUCCACGUACAUUACCAUUUCGUUGGUAA